AUGAACCGGUCUGCUGCCGGUGGUGGCACGUUCGAUGGAGUAUAUCAAGCGUUUCAUGACGAGUGCAACCGAUAUGCUAAGCAGAAGAAAAUCAAAAUCAGCCGGAAAACGGUGCGUGCUGCUAAAGUCGAGGUUUUCAAUGAAACCGUCGCUAAAGAAAUGACUUCAGAGGGCUUUGAAAAUCUGUUAGAUGAGAUUGAUGUCUUUAUCUUUGGUGCGGACGGACUGUGUUGGCUCCGUGACGGUGUCAUCACCGACGCUGCCAACCUUGUAAAUUUCUUAAUAGAAGAGAGGAAAGAAGUUUUCAUAUUGACUAACGACACAACUAACUCUCAAGAAAGUCACGAAAAGAAGCUCAGACACCAUCGAUUCAAUCCAAAAUUGGACAAGGUUAGUUGUCGAUGGAGAAACCUUGAUCUGGAAAUGAAAGAAAUUUGUAGAGAAAUCCGUUUUUACAACAUGAAAAAAUAUAAAUUAGGUCAAAUGCAGUAUCUGCCCACACCUCAUCCAGCUAAUGGCGAAAAGGCUUAGUA